AUGUCGGGCGAAUCCCCCGAGGCGAAGGAGAAGCGGCUCGUCGGGAACGUCCAGAUCCGCAUCCUGCAGGCGGCGAACAAGGAGGACAAGCUCAACGAGCUGCUGACCAAGUACCUCUGCGCGCUGUUGCUGAAGGCGACGAGUGACUAUGCGUCGGUCCGCAACGAUGUCAUCCAGUUUGCCGGAAAACUAAAGGGCUUGAUUGUCCAUCCGAGCAUCAUUCUCCCCGUCGAGAAGCUCAUUGACCAGUAUCAGGAGGCCGGCUCGUCCAUCCUCCGUGUGCUGGACAUCUCAUUCAUCCAACACAGCAUUCUCCGUCUGGACGACUAUGACCGGCGGCUGCUCUUCCCCAAGGUUGCCAGGGCCAUCGCGUCGUCCAAGCAUGGCCCGACGCAGGCGUCCAUGUUCAACGUGCUCCUGAAGAUCAUCCCGGACAUCCAGAUCCCGUCCCGCGGCAGCGAGGAAGACGCUGCUUUCAGAGAAGCCAGCGGUCUUUCCGACGAUGCCGACGCGCAGUUCGUCGCCAAGUGGCUGGGCAAGGUGCUCCUCCUGAGAAUCCCCGGCGGCGCCGAGCCCUCGCGUCAAGAGUUCGAGAGGCUCAACCCGGCCCUCCUGUCGGCCGACCUGGACUUCCUCAAGCCCGAGCAGCGCGACACUGCGCCCGCCUUCCAGAAGAUGCAGGACCUCCGCCGGAAGAUCGCGCAGCUGUUGGCCAGCGGCGCCUUCAAGGACGAGGAGAGGCUGCUGCCCGCGCUGUCGGCGGCCGCCAACCCAGACUACCAGGUCUCCCAGGCCGGCGAGGACAUCCUCAAGAGGAUGACCAUCGACUUUGAGAAGGCGUCCAUCAUCGAGGAGUUGUAUAACGCACACGCCCGACUCCCCGCGCCUCACCGCAUCAGGAUCCUGCCCCUGCUGUCAAAGUCCAAGCUGGCCACCACGAUGCAGGAUAACAUCAUGUCCGUGGUGACGCUCGACUUUGGCACCGAGACGACGUCCAUCGCGCCGUCUCAUCUGCAGGCCGCCAGCGGUCUCGAGCGCACAAGACUUCACAAGGCGCUCUUCUACUUCCUCAACUGGACCGCCACCAUUGGCCCUACUCAAGCCCCUUUCACCAUCGGACCCAAGCUGAUCGACAAGAUGCGCACGUACGUCGAGGAGCAGGGAUGGCCCGCCUCACGCACACUCUCGGCAGACGAGGAGAAGCUCCGCGCGAUGGCCUACGAUCUGCUCGGCGUCCUCGGCGCAGGCAGCCCCUCCAGCGUGCAGGACAAGCUCCAUCUCGUCGGCUGGCUCUUCAGGUCCCUUUCCGAGGACCCGAGCGUCGAGGCAGUGUCCGCCAUAGAGGGCUCCCUCUCAGGCCUGACGAGGAGCUUCGAUCCCAAGGCGGUCAGCGGCGACGGACGCGGCGGCGGAAUGGUCAGCCUCAUCUCUCUGCUUCUGCACUACAUGAGCAUGCCCGAGGACAACCCGGGCGUCGUGCGCAGCGCGAGGUUCUCGGCCGUCAAGUGGGCGAACCAGACCAUCGCCUCGUGGGACGAGCGAGGCAGAUGGAUCGACAUCCUGGCCAUCGCCGGCCGUCAGGGCGAGCGCACCGAGGUCAUCGAGGAGGGCCGCAAGGGGCUCGACCCGUGGACGUACCGCGACAGCGAGUCGCACACGAUGCCCAACUGGAUCUCGCUCAUGACCUACUUCUUCUGCGACCACAUCACCGACGACGUCACCAGUGCCGAGUGGAGCGGCUCCGCGCCGCCGCCGCCGCCGAAGCUCGAGUUCGACGACAGGAGGACGAUGCAGAACUUCCAGGGCCCCAAGGUGUUUGCCUACCCCGUUGCCGUGCAGUACGUCAAGAGGGCCAUGUUCAUCGCCGCGCUGCCCGACUUCCCCCUCGUCCCCGGCUGGGCCGAGCAGCUCGACACGCGCGUCCGCAACGACAUCAAGACGCGAGACCAAAUCAGGGCCUACCUGCGCUCCGUCGACCAGGAGCACAUCGGCCUCUUCAUUAAGAUCUGCUUCGACGGCGUCCGCCUCAAGGGCGUCGACGGCACCGACCGCAUCGUCGAGAACUGCCUCAAGCACAUGGUCGACGUCGCCUCGCUCGCGCCCGGCGGCACCAUCAACUACGUCGCCGGCUCAGCCUACCUCUUGCAGAAGUGCACCACGGCCAACAACAGACACAUCCGCGCCGCCGCCGCCCAGGCGGUCGGGAUCCUGCUUCCUCACCCCCUUAACAAGGUGGAUCUGGCGAUCCCCGAGGCCGUGCCGCACCAGACGCGCAACGAGAACAUCCAGAAGUUCCUGCGGGACCUCAAGGUCAUGGUGUACGGGUGGGAGAACGCGUACGGCGCCGCCGCCAACGGGGUCGAAGGGUCUCUGCAGGCCUUUGGCCACAUCUUCUCGAGGGCCGUCUACUACGGCCUGCCCAUCCCGAGCGACGUUCACCUGCCGCCCAAGCUGCUCAUGGACAAGUCCCACCAACGGCCGUCGCUGGAGGACGCCAUCCUCGACUGCUACGCCGAGCUCUGGACCGCCGGUCUCUCGCAGUACAUCCCGGACAACGUUAACAACCUGACGGCGGACUACGUCAUCGAGAGACUCACGGAGAAGGCGGCCGCCGGGAGCGACAAGGCCAUCUUUGCGCUCGGCCGCCUCGCGCUCGCCUUCAACGACCCGGACGAGGAGGCGACGCCCCAGGACGGCCUGCUGUUCCCCUCGAGCAAGACGUCCGGCAUCGACAGCGUCCUGCGCGGCCUCUUCACCAUCCACGCCCGCAAGGAGACGGAGAUCCAGUUCACCGUCGGCGAGGCCAUCACGGCGGCGGUCGCCUGCUGGGACUCGGACUUUGUCAAGCUGUCCAUGAACGUCGACAGCACCGACGGCCCCUGGAGGAAGACGAAGCGGAGCAGGAGAAUCACGGCCGUCCUCGACAAGAUCUUCAAGGACUGCAAGACCACCAAGCCCUCGGUGCUCAAGGCGUCCGGCAUCUGGCUCUUUUGCCUCGUCCAGUACUGCGGCCACCUUGAGGAGGUCCAGUCCCGGCUGCGCGAGGCCCAGGCCGCCUUUAUGAGGCUGCUGAGUGCGAGGGACGAGCUGGUCCAGGAGACGGCAUCCCGCGGCCUGUCGCUGGUGUACGAGAAGGGAGACGAGGACCUGAAGCAGGACCUCGUCAGGGACCUCGUGUCGGCCUUCACCGGCAACAGCACGCAGAUCAAGGUCGAGGAGGAGACGGAGCUCUUCGAGCCCGGCGCGCUACCGACGGGCGAGGGCAAGUCCGUCACGUCGUACAAGGACAUCGUCAGCCUGGCCAACGAGGUGGGCGACCAGAGCCUCGUGUACAAGUUCAUGUCGCUGGCCGUCAACGCCGCCACGUGGUCGACGCGGUCGGCCUUUGGCCGCUUCGGCCUCAGCAACAUCCUGUCCGAGUCCGAGGUCGACCCCAAGCUGUACCCGAAGCUGUUCCGCUACCGGUUCGACCCCAACAGCAACGUGCAGCGGUCCAUGGACGACAUCUGGAAGGCGCUCGUCAAGAACCCGAACGAGACGGUGAGCGAGCACUUCGACGCCAUCAUGCAGGACCUGCUCAAGAACAUCCUCGGCAAGGAGUGGCGGGUGCGCCAGGCCAGCUGCGCCGCCGUCUCGGACCUCAUCGCCGGCCAGCCCUUCCACAAAUACGAGCGGUACUACGCCGAGAUCUGGACCGCCGCGCUCAAGGUGCUGGACGACGUCAAGUCGUCCGUGAGGGACGCAGCGCUGAAGCUCUGCAUGGGGCUGACGGGCACCAUCGUCCGCCAGCUCGAGGAGGGCGGCGCGUCGUCGUCGGCGCAGGCCAUGCUGCGGCAGGCGCUCCGCUUCCUGCUCUCGCCCAGCGGCCUCGAGAGCGGUGUCGAGGAGGUCAAGAUGUUCUCGCUGCGGACCAUAAUCGACAUCACCAAGAAGGGCGGCCCGAACCUGAAGCCCUUCAUCGUGGACUUCAUCCCGCCGCUGCUGGGCCUGCACAGCACCAUCGAGCCCGAGCAGAUCAACUACGCGUACCAGAAGGUCAGCGAGGACUCGCGCGACCAGAUCGACAAGAUCAGGGCGCAGUGGGUCAACCAGUCGCCCAUCUCCGAGGCCAUCGACAACUGCCUCCGGCAGCUGGACGGCGACGGGAUGAAGCAGCUCGCGCCCAAGCUCGAGGAGAUCAUCAAGACGGCCAUCGGCAUGCCGACCAAGAUCGCCUGCGCGCGGCUCAUCGGAGACCUCGUGAUGCGGCACGCCGUCGACUUCAAGCCCGUGUCGCCGAGGUUCAUGCAGCUGUUGGAGAAGCAGUCGCUCGACCGCAACGACGAGGUCAGCAAGGGCUACGCCAAGGCCGUCGGCUACCUCAUGCGCAUCGUCCCCGACGCCUCCAAGGAGAGGCUCGUCGACCGCUUCACCGACCUGUACUUCGCCAGCGAGGACGAGGCGCGCCGCGCCAAGGUGGCCGACGUCGUCCUGGGCGUCUCGAAGCUCGCGCCGGACCACUUCAACGCGCUCGCCGCUAAGUUCGUGCCCUUCACCUACAUGGGCAUGCACGACACGGACGAGUACGCCCGCAAGUGCUUCGACGAGGUGUGGAACCAGCACGGCGGCAGCUCCCGCACCGUCGCGCGCUACGUGCCCGAGAUCGCCGCCUUUGUCAAGAGGGGACUCGAGGCGCCGCGCUGGAACCUGCAGCACACGGCCUGCUUCACCGUCGCCAGCGUGGUCGGGGCCGUCGUCGCCUCGAGCGACGCCACGGGCGGCCAGAUGUCCGAGGCGAACCUGAAGCACAUCUGGCCCGUCCUGGACAAGGGGCUCGCGCUCAAGACGUUCGCCGGCAAGGAGAGGCUCCUGGCGGCGUUCCCGACCUUCGUCGGCAAGGGCAAGGCGCUCUGGGAGGCGGACGCCGCCGUCGCGGCGCAGCAGAGGAAGAUCGCGGUGCGCGAGGCGAAGCGCAACAACGAGGAGUACCGCCCGCACGCGUUCCGGGCGCUGUGGCAGUUCGCCGAGCAGCGCGAGGACCUGGACCUGACCGAGGAGAUCGCGGGCGUCGUCGGCGGCGCGCUGGACGACUUCCUCGACGAGGACCGGAUGGACGUCGAUGGCGACGCGGCGCGCAAGGCGGCCGUCAGCGGCGUCGAGGCGAUCGCGAGGGGCUACAACCGCGCGCGGGCCAAGGAAGACGGCGGUGCCGUGCUCGGAAAGGUCUUUGGGCUGCUGAAGACGUACCUGGCGCACCCCAAGUUCGAGGGCAUCAAGCGCGAGGUCUGGUAUGAGUGUGUCAAGGACCUGAUGGAGGCUGCGGGAUCCCCGUCGACCCUCCCGGGCAGCGAGUGCAAGGAGGUCACCCUGGCGUAUCUCCAGAGCCUGGACGCCGAUUCGAUCGACAACGGAACCGAGGGGCAGCGCGACAUGCGGGCGGUGGCCGUGGGCGGCGUGUUCAAGGCGCUGAACCGGGGCGUGUUUGGUCCGGUGCCAACGGCGGACGAGAAGAAGGGCCUUGCCGAGACGGUGAAGAAGGCGAUCGCAGCCGAGAGGUCGUUGGAGGUGCAGAAGCAUCUCAAGGAGGCGCUCGCGGAGUUGGAGAAGUAA